UUUUUUAGCAUUAAUUUUCACUAAUUCAAUUUAAUGCUUUUAAUUUUUUAAUUUUAAAAUUUCAAUUUUAGUAGUUUAUUUAGCGAAAAACCAUUCUUUAAUUGAACUGUUACUUCUUCGUAAAGGUCACCGAGGCGUUUUGGAAUUCUCUGGCCACAGUGGUACAUUCAGAACACCUUGCUUGUAGCAGAAAAAUAGAAGGAUAGAAAAUAAGAUAGAAUAUUAAUUUUUAUAUUAAAUUGAUAGUUAAAACUUUCAGUGCAAGAUGAAGCAUCUAAUAACCUUGCAAAUUUGUUCAAGUUUUAUUAAAAAUUUUUCUAAAAACAACGUUUCUCUUUCGUCACCUGUGAUGAUGACUUUUCGGCAUUUUUCUGACCUGCCGCAGACAAAAUUUUUCACCACUACCACCACUAAAAACACUCUACCUCGAAACAGCGGUCACUGGAAAUGGCCAACUACCAACGUGAGAGACCCCAGAGCGAGAGGGGGAAACAGGGUUUGGUACCCGCCCAUAAGUUCAGAAGAUGAUGCUCGCAAUCUGGCUUUACAUCUGGAUCCCACAGGUCGCAAACUGCUCAUGGAUCAGUUGAGGAUUAUUGAUGAUAAGAAAGAUGAAUCUAGUUUUAGUGUAAGACCGAUUCCAACGAGCGAAAUCUUCAAAGUAUUUCUAACAAACUGUCUCCCGUUUAUUGGAUUUGGCUUUCUAGACAAUGGUAUCAUGAUAAUAGCUGGAGAGUACAUUGACAUACAGUUGGGCCUUCUUCUGGGUAUCUCCACGAUGGCAGCUGCAGCAUUGGGUAACCUGAUAUCUGAUCUGGCUGGCGUUGGAACGGCAGGUUACAUAGAGAACAUAGUUGAGAAGUUCAGCUCCAUCCAGCCAAACCUGUCACCUGCUGAGUUUCACCUCAAGUCCAUCAGAUGGAUGACUGCUAUGGCCAGAGCAAUAGGAAUAACAAUCGGCUGCCUCAUAGGCAUGUUGCCACUUUUGUUUUUCGAAAAGAAAGAGAGACCACCUCAUAAACCUCAACCGCCACAGCAGCAGCAACCGGAAAUUGAAAGUCCUCUGUCGCCAAGGAGGCAGGAAGUCAUGCUGUUGAAUCAACCAAUCAACAAGUAGAUGAUCAAAACAAAGCAAUCCUAUUGGUCGAUAAUUCAUCUAGUUAAACCUUUUUUGUGUUUGGGCUAGCAUUAUUUUUAACAACACAACAAAAUGUGCAGACGACAAACACACAGAUGCAACACAUUAUAGCAAGCAGUCCUCGCAUACAUAUGUCACAGUCUUACAGAGAAAGCAUUGAAUCAAUGAAGAUCCUUUCAAAUAAUUAAUUAAAUAAUUAAUUACUAUUAAUUAAUUAAUUCACUUAUUUAUUAUUUCUUUGUUUUUUAAUAAAAAAUCGGUGCUUUUAAUCAACUUAGUACGUAAGUAGAUGUUAAGUUAGGUGUCAUUGUUUGAUGAAAUAUUAUAUAUCAGAUAUCAUAUAUCAUUGUUUUGUGCUGUCUCCGAUAUUUGGUCAUUAUCAUUAUUAUCGUUAUUAUUCUUAUUAUUAUUGUCAUAAUUAUUAUAUUAGUUAUUGCUGUUGUUUUUUUUUAUAAUUAUAUCUUUUAGACCUGUUUGGUAGGCCAUCUAUUUUUACUGGUAGCCAUAUUUAUAUCCAUUAUUUCAUUUUUUGCGAAAUUGUUCAAAAACUGCUCAUCUUUCAUCUACAUACAAAAUUAAUUUAUUCAAUUGUCCGUUUAUCCAUUCAUAUAUCAAAUAUUUCAACAUCCAUUCGCUCAUUCAUCCAUCAACUGCUCUUUGUUUUUCCGCUAAAAUUCUGCAUCUUUCGGAAUGUUAUUUUUCAUUAUUAUAACUGACAUAUCUUGGGUAUGUUUGCUUAUAUAUAUAUAUAUAUAUAUAUAUAUAUAUAUAUAUGUGUGUGUGUGUGUGUGUGUGUGUGUGUGCGUAUGCGUAUGUGUGAUCUUCUGGUCAGUCAAAUGAUUAAGAACUAUAAAGAACUAUAUUUUUUGCCUACUGUGCCUAUGAUUUAUAUUCAAUAUGAUGGUAACGCUAAUAACAAUUAUGAUCACAAAUAAUUAUAAUAAUGUUCAUUAUUUUAAAAGUUACGAAUAUGAUUUAAUCCCCCUU